AUGGUGAAAACUCGGCGCGUCUACGUCGUCACAUCCAACCCCGAGCGUGUGCCAGAGUUUCAAAAGUUGCUGCAACAUUAUGGGAUUGAGGUGCUCGGUGCCAGCCCGUACGGAUACCGGACGAAGAAGCAUGGGCCGAAAGCACUGUUGCCCUUAGUCACGAAGCUGCUGAGCCACAGCACGGAGAGUUUCUGGACCAAGUCUGUCAUGUACGAGAGCGUGCUCCUUCUGUGCCACGGGUCGUCUCAGCAUGCUGAUGCUCCAGGCCGAGAGUUCGUGGAUGGUGAGCGUGUGACAGUCAGGGCUACCCUCACUGUUUGGUGCCACAAGACCGUCAGAAAAGAUGGAACGUCCAGUGGACUGUCUGAUCCCCAGGUGGAGCAGUUUGUCUAUCGCUACGAGAUGGAUGCAAAGAUCGACCUUUCUAAACGGAAUGAUCCACAGCCCAAUGUCUUCAACUGGGACGAUGUCGUGGUUGAUCCGUACAGUGGACUAUCCUAUCACGAAAAGAAGCAGCUGGGCUUCAAAGUAUCUCCAAGAGACAUGAUGCUAUCCCAGUACUUGCAGGAUCAUGUGCACUACCGAACACGCCGAGUCUGCCGCUACAACCCAUUGGAGGCCAACCGAGCCGUUGAGUUUGGUGAUGGAUCGCUGGUUUCCCGAUUCUUCAAGAGGAAUGAGCACCUCUUCGCAUCAUUCCCAGAUAAACACGGCCUUUGUAACGUCUUUACAAGCGUGCUCAACAGUGGGAUAUUUCUCCGUGCUGCAAUCACGAGGAGGGAGUUUAUCUACUGGCUCCCAGGAUUGAAUGCUGGUGUUCCUCUCGUGCCCAAGGACGAUGCCAUCCACGAGGCGACGUUUCAAGCGCACGAUUUGACGCAUUUUUUGCUGCCCGACCUCCUGUUCACUGGUGAGCACACCAGCUUAAACAGGAGGCUCUACAUCAUCUAUCGUAUGCUGAGUGAAGCCAUCACGCUUGUCUUCGCUGACAUGCUGUUUGUUGAAGCUCUCAGGCGUGGUGGUUUGGAGUACGACUGGGCAAAGCGAAAGAUCUGGCCUCUUUUUCGCGACUGUGGGCUGGACCCCUUCCCGGAGACAGCUGAACCACAGCGAACGCUGUCGGUUUUUCGCACACUUCUCGAAGCGAACGUUGCGUACUGUCUGCUUGGGGAUGACACAAAGUACAGGGAGCUCAUGUCCAAUCACUUGGGCACUCCCGUUGCUGAAGUUCCCCCUGCCUUGCAAGAUUUCAAAGACAAGUACAUGCCUUUCUUCGUCGAAGACUUCCGUUGGACCUCACAGAACUACGCGUGCAUGGCCGAGAAGGCGUCGGAGAUGUGCCGCUGGUGGCAGCUCGCAGCUCCGCUGCGCAGAAUCCUCGGUCAAGAGGAGGCCGGGCCGGGGGCGUCUGGCCUGCAAACCAUCGCGGAGUUUGCAGACAAAGUCCACGCAACCGAGACGACAGAUGGACAUAGUUUGGUCUGGGCAGCCUUCGAGGAGGUGUUCCGGUCCCGGGUUGCCCCAGUCUUUCUUGAUUCUACGCAUCUGGAAACUGAUCAAGCGAAGAUGCUUUUCACAGCCUUUGGCCGCUACAUGAUGGGCCAAAGCAUCCUGCUGGCACGCUUCAGCUUCCUGCCAGAGUCUCAUGAGUGCCACGCUGAGAUUCUGCGAGUGAUGCAGGCAGCUAAAGAUGCCGGGGGGCGGCUGGAACAGGAGGCCAUGAUGGGUGUGCGCCAGAACUUCGAGAGCUAUGUCGACCUCCUGGUGACGAGGCAGCUGAUCUCUGCAGACGACGCGCUCACCUUCAAGGAGGUCUGCCCGCUCUUCGAUCCGUGCUUCGCAUCCUACGACGAACCGUUGUCCCAGUAUGAGCAGCUUCAGAGGGCGACUUGGCUUCGAGAUUUUGUCCGCUCUUCCCUCUGCCGGAGUGCCCUGCCUUAG